UCCACGGCCGGCCCCCGCGAACGCUGCGCGUUCUAUCGCGACAUGAUAAAUGACCUAAACAACUGUCAAACCAAGUCAUAGACAAGAUUCGUUCUUUUUAAGUGUUUUCCUAUGUACCGUUGCGUUUCUUUGAGGUUUCUUUUAUUCCGUUAGUGCUGUGUUGUGCGAUUACAUUGGUGUACACGUAAUGUAUUUAGAUUUACAGUAAAAGGUACCGCGUAAGCAGAUUUUAAUGAUGGCAAUCUCAUGGUGGUGGUAUGAGUCGAAAAGAAUCAAUAAAAAAUCUGACAAUGUGCAAGUGAAAUAAGUGACCAAUAAGUGAAAGACGUGGAGUGAAAGUGAAGUGUAUUCUAAUUAUGACGUGACCAAACAGACCAAGCCAUGUAUCGGCCGAAUUUCUACGAGAGUACGUGCUUCAGGUGUAACGAGAUCGUGUACCAAGUGGACCGGGUUGGUCCACUCAAGGACUUCACUUUUUUUCAUAGUGGAUGCUUCAAAUGUGCUGUUUGUGGAACUAAAUUGACUUUGAAGACAUACUACAACAACCAGCACUGGACAGAAGACAAAGAGGUGUACUGUUCGAGUCAUGUGCCCAAAAUAGGGCCUGGGCACUUGGACAACUCGUCCGUGGGCAUCAGGAGCGCGCUCAAUGUGCCCAAGAGCAACAACUACGUGAACGAGCAGAUCCGAGGACAUGCCCGAAACAGCCAUGAGACUGAACUGUCGCCGAUUCGCGCGACUAACGGUGGCAGCGUGCACGCGUCGCCCGCGCGUGAAAUAUCGCGCGACACGCCUGACUAUCAGUAUGGCCGUUUCGACGCAAGCGCACUCCACAUCGCACAUGCGCUCAAACAGACGGAGCUGCAAAAGGCGUAUCAUAGGCCUAAGGAAAAGCCUAUUGACUGUUAUUUGGACCGAGAUGAACAGACUAAGCUAGAAAUGAAACACCGCCAAGAAGAAGAUGAUUUGUACAGAAAAUUCUCCAAACAUCGAGAAGAGGAAAACAGAAGAAUACGAGAAGAAAUACAGGACGAAUGGGAAAGAGAGCUAGAAAGGCUGACGAACAGAUUUCAACAAGAGAUGCAAGUGAAGAAACGGAGGCCCGAGUCAGAGCUCGGAGCGCUGACUCUCCGGCACCAGCAGGAGAGAGCAGACCUCGAGAAGAACAUGACUCUGCGGAGAGACAAGAAAAAGGAGAGUUUGACGAGGAAAAUGUUGGAACAUGAAAGGGCAGCCACAGCAGCCCUAGUAGAGAAGCAAAGCCACGAAAUGAUGGAGCUAAUAACGGAAAGAAGAUCGGAGUACAUGGCAGCAUCGUCGUUAUACCUGGACGGGGAGGAGGCGCCGCCGUACCCGGCUCGGGCGCCGCCGCCGCAGCCCCCACUCGUCUCCAAGUUCCACAUCUAUACAGAUCCGAUGGAGUUUGCGGAUGUCGAUAAAAUUGCCAUUUCGGUGGCGCAAGAAGACCAAAAGACCUUCACAGACCUGGUCCGGCAAUUAGUGGGACGAUGUGCGAGCGACGUCGAGAAAGCGCGCACGAUAUUCCGCUGGAUCACCGUAAAGAACCUCAACAACAUACACUUUGAUGAUAACCUCAAGGGAGACUCGCCGCUCGGGUUACUCAGGGGAAUCAAACACGGCACUGAAAGUUACCACGUUCUGUUUAAAAGAUUAUGCAGCUACGCAGGUCUCCACUGCGUGGUAAUAAAGGGCUACAGCAAAUCCGCGGGCUACCAACCAGGUGUCCGCUUCGAAGACAACCGCUUCAGAAACUCCUGGAACGCGGUGUACGUCGCAGGAGCGUGGAGAUUCGUGCAGUGCAACUGGGGAGCUAGGCACUUGGUGAACGCUAAAGAUGCCCCCAAGCCUGGGAACAGAGGGAAAAGUGAUAGCUUAAGAUAUGAAUACGAUGACCACUACUUCCUCACGGACCCGCGGGAGUUCAUCUACGAGUUCUACCCGUUGCAGCCGGACUGGCAACUGCUGAAGACGCCCAUCACUCUGCAUGACUUCGAAGAGCUACCGUUCGUCCGGUCGCUGUUCUUCCGCUAUGGACUCUACUUCAGCGAUCCUAACACUAAGGCUGUUAUGUUCACUGACUCCACUGGUGCGGCGACUAUGCGCAUAGCCAUGCCGGCACACAUGCAGAGCUCGCUCAUAUUCCACUACAACCUCAAAUUCUACGACACCGAGGGCGACGGCUUCGACGGCGUCAGUCUCAAGCGGUUUGUUAUGCAGUCAGUGGUAGGCAACGUGGUUUCCUUCCGUGUGCACGCGCCCUGCAGCGGCGCCUUCCUGCUGGACAUCUUCGCUAAUGCGGUCACGCCCCGGGAGUACCUCACCGGGGAACCCAUGAAGUUCAAGAGCGUUUGCAAGUUUAAGAUUUGCUGCGCAGAACUGCAGACAGUCAUGGUGCCGCUGCCCGACUGUGCAAGCGGCGAGUGGGGCCCUACGAAAGCUACAAGACUUUUUGGACUCGUUCCCAUUACUCAUCAGGAGGCGCUAGUAUUCGCGGGUCGUGAGCUGGAGAUCCAGUUCCGCAUGUCGCGGCCGCUGGCGGACUUCAUGGCGACGCUGCACAAGAACGGCGUGGACGAGAAGCGGCUCUCCAAAUACGUGCAGCAGAAUGUGGUCGACGACAUUGUCAACUUUUACAUCACUUUCCCCGAAGAGGGUCAAUACGGACUGGACAUAUACACACGGGAACGUGGAGGCCCCACUGCUAUACAUCAAAACGGAUCUACGGAGAAAGAGAAGCACCUUCUAACUCACUGCUGCAAGUAUCUGAUCAAUAGCAGCAAGAGAAACUGACAUACCUCAUUGAAAAACAGGCUUUGAUUGAAGUCUUGUAAAUCACGAAUACUGCAGUUUCAGCCUGCGUAGUAAUCGAUUUUAAUAAAGAGUCGAUUCCGAUGAUUUUUCUUUUGUAAAGCAAUGCCCGGCAAAAAACUUAAGCAAAUGAGCAAUAUCGAUUUUUAGGUGUGCUAGGCGGACUGCGUGGGAGCAAGCAAUUUGUUAAUUAAUCAUCCAAAUCAUGGCGAUGCAUCAAGUAUCCCCUACUACGUCGCGCUGCUGUUGCUCAUAUUUUUUGCCAAGCAAUGUGGCUUUCUGCCUGAACAAUCUCUGAGCUAAACUAAAAUGACAGAUCUGAAUGUAAUUUAGGUAUCACUAAUCGCUAUCCUUUUCAUAAUACUCCGUACCGAAGAGGAUAGCACUAGAGCUGUUAAUUUAGUCUUGUUUAGAGAUAAGCCACCUUUAUCUGUACUCCGAACUGUAAUUGAAAAGAUAAUGUAAUUUAAUAUUAAUUUUCAGAAAGUUUUAUGGCAGGAUAGAAGUUUAUAUAGUUAAUUAAUAAUAAGAAAUAUAUCCAAAUGUAGAUAUUAGUAGGAAAUAAAAGCCGUCCAUUAACAUAAAUCGUUUAUUGAGUAGUUAAUACAUUAUAUAAUUUUAUACAUAUUUUUUGUAAAUGUUUUAUUUUUAAUCGAUAAUUUUAUUUUUUAAGUACUCUCUAGGUUGUGCUAGUGCAAUCUAAUUGCAUUUUAUGU